AUGAUCGUAGACUUUGUAAACAGCUGUUCCACGACUAGUAUCUGGGGCACCCUAUCCAUCAUGAAAGUUAAAUUCGCCGUGUUCCAUGGCAGCGCCGCCUCUGUUGACUCCAAAGCCACCGCCGCCUCUAAGUCCUCCAGUGAGGAUCAGGGCUCUAGUGCCGACUUCAGCAACGAUGGUGACCUCACUGCCCUGCACGAGGUGGGCAUCGAAAUUUUGCACUUUCUUCUCUGCCACCUCCUUAUCCAGGACAAUCCCUACGGCCUCACCGAUGACUCUCUUGUCUCCUUUUACGAGCUUCUUCGUGCUGGUGAGAAUUUUUAUUCUUUUUAUCCGUUAUAUGCAUUGAUUCAUUUUACUUGUUUAUUCCACUACUACUUGUCACGUCCGACAGACUUUACUCCUCACUCAACGUUCGGCGUUGGAAGUAGACUGUCAGGCGCUGAGUGUAUUGUAGAACAGUUCAACAAAUUGGGCUAA